CCCCCCCCCUCCCCUCCCUGUAAAUUAUUUUUCGUUUUGAUUCUCUGUCUUCUUUAACUUCUGUUUUGAAACACGCUGAUCCUUUCCACCUCUGACAUCCAUCCCCUUCUGUAGCCCCAAAUAGCCACUCUCUUUAUAUCUCUCCAACGUUUUCUUUUUCUCAUUUUCUUUCCAUUUCUGUUCAUAAUAGCUUAGCCACAACACUUCACAAAGUUCAGAGUCUUUUGCAUAUUUUCUUUCUUUAAGCUUGAGUUGUACAGUUCAAGCAACCAAAGGGCUUUGUUCAUAGAAAAAAAGGCAUAAAAACAGCAAAGAUGAAUCACUGUGCGAUCCAACAAAACGCUUUUUCAACCCGGGAAGAGAUUCGGAGCUCCGUUUCAGUUCCAGUCUCGGACAGGAGAGACCCAGUGGUUUGCCCCAAACCCAGACGGCUCGGUCUGUUAAACAACUACCCUGCCAGGUCUAUCAGAUUUCAGCUCAGCCACCAAUCAGAGCUUUGUGAUUCAAAAGCAGGGAAUGAGUUUUUGGACAUAAUCCUCGCCAAGGGUGGUUAUGGUGUGGAUAAUCAAUCUUUUUGCAAACAAGUAGCCUCGUCGCCGCCCCCAUUUUUUUGCGGGUCGCCGCCAAGCAGAGUAGCUAACCCAUUAAUUCAAGAUGCUAGAUUUGGGGAUGAGAAAUUCUCCCCCCUCUCACCGGUCACGCCUAUUCCACCUACGAUGGAUUUGUCAUCUUCAUCAUCAUCUCCAAGGAAAGGAGGAUUGGUUCGGGCAAAUUUUGGAAACAAACCAGUGGUGAGAAUUGAGGGGUUUGAUUGCCUUGACAGGGAUUGUAGAAAUUGCAGCAUUCCUGCUUUGGCUUAAAACCCCGUUUUCAACAAAGUACAUAGUUAAAAAAAGAAGAGCUAAAACAGAGAUCACUUCGGUACGUAGUUAUAAGAGGAAUUUUGGUGUUCUCAUGAGAGGGAAACUGAGGGAUCCUUUUGCUAUUGUAAAAAUUGUUUUGAGGGAUUCUUUAUGCAUGUAAAAAAUAUCAUCUUUGUAAGUAAAUUGAGUUGACAAAAAUAAUGAGGGCUUUUUUAGAUUCUAGGUAGGGAAGGUUAUGAGUUGAUGACUAUAAUCAAUCCUCUGUAUGAUUGUUGCAAGUAACGAGUCUCUAAGUGAGAAUCGGCAGGUCUUUCUUUUCUCUUUGCUUCCUUGUUUUUCAACGAGCGAAUGGAUUAACAAGGGAAAUUUGUACAAAAUCAAGUUGUGUAGAGAGUAUUUUGAGUUAGGGAUUUGCAAAUUAUAAUGUAAAUAAACCUUUGGUAUGAUUC